UUACCGGCAUUUCAGCACCACUGCCGGUCGGGUUUUUUAGACGGCGGCCAAGCCAAAAAGAAGUAUAUUUAUCUUUUUUUAUUUAUACUAAUUGUUUACAAUAUGCCAGGAUAUUCCGACAGAGAUCGUGGCAGGGACAGGGACCGUGACAGAGAUAGAGGCUAUGGCGGUGGCCCUCCUCGCUUUGGUGGUAACCGUGGAGGAGGAGGUGGUGGAGGAAAGUUCGGCAAUCCCGGUGAACGCCUGCGGAAGAAACAGUGGAAUCUCGAUGAGCUCCCAAAGUUUGAGAAAAACUUCUAUCAACAGCAUCCCGACGUUACCCGGAGGUCUAUGCAAGAAGUUGAACAGUACAGAAGGGCCAAAACCAUCACAGUGAAGGGAAGAGAAUGCCCAAAUCCUAUUGCAAAGUUCCACGAGGCCAGCUUCCCAUCCUAUGUGAUGGAUGUGAUCAACAAAAUGAACUGGACUGAACCAACACCCAUUCAGGCACAGGGCUGGCCUUUGGCUCUUAGUGGCCAGGAUAUGGUUGGCAUUGCCCAGACUGGGUCUGGCAAAACGCUCUCUUACUUGUUGCCAGCAAUCGUGCACAUCAACCAUCAGCCUUUCCUGGAACGUGGAGAUGGACCCAUUUGCUUGGUGCUCGCCCCUACCCGUGAGCUGGCACAGCAGGUACAACAGGUAGCUGCAGAAUAUGGCAGAGCUUCUCGCCUCAAGUCCACCUGUAUCUAUGGAGGAGCACCCAAAGGACCCCAGAUCCGUGACUUGGAAAGGGGUGUUGAGAUCUGCAUCGCCACUCCAGGAAGGCUUAUCGACUUCCUUGAAGCAGGAAAGACAAACCUCCGAAGGUGCACUUAUCUUGUGCUGGAUGAGGCAGACAGAAUGCUGGACAUGGGCUUCGAGCCACAGAUUCGGAAAAUUGUGGACCAAAUCAGACCGGACCGCCAAACUCUGAUGUGGAGUGCUACAUGGCCCAAAGAGGUUCGCCAGCUGGCAGAAGACUUCCUGAAGGAGUACGUCCAGAUCAAUGUUGGUGCGCUGCAGCUCAGUGCUAACCACAACAUCCUGCAGAUUGUAGAUGUCUGCAACGACGGAGAGAAGGAAAACAAACUCAUUCGUCUGCUUGAGGAAAUCAUGAGUGAGAAAGAGAACAAGACCAUCAUCUUUGUGGAAACAAAGAGGCGCUGUGACGACCUCACCAGGAGGAUGAGAAGGGAUGGGUGGCCAGCUAUGGGAAUCCAUGGUGAUAAAAGCCAACAGGAACGAGACUGGGUUCUCAAUGAGUUCAAAUAUGGAAAGGCUCCAAUUCUGAUUGCUACAGAUGUUGCCUCUAGAGGUCUAGAUGUUGAAGACGUGAAAUUUGUCAUCAACUUUGACUACCCCAACAACUCUGAGGACUAUAUCCACCGCAUUGGCAGAACGGCUCGUAGCCAAAAGACAGGCACAGCCUACACCUUCUUCACUCCCAACAACAUGAGGCAGGCCAGUGACCUCAUCUCUGUGCUCCGCGAGGCCAACCAGGCCAUCAACCCAAAGCUCCUCCAGAUGGCGGAAGACAGAGGAGGUCGUUCAAGGGGAGGCAGAGGUGGAGACUAUGACCGUCGGGAUAGAUACUCCUCUGGAAGGCGUGAUUUUGGUGGUUUUAGGGACAGGGAUAAUGGUAGAGGUUAUGAUAAUGGACCAAACAAAGCUUUUGGCACAAAUUCACAGAAUGGAGGAGGCUAUGGGGGAAAUAAUGGCAGCGCCAAUGGCUUCAGCGGAGGCAGCUACAAUGGUAAUGGACAGUCCAACUUCAACAGCCAAGCAGGAGCGUUCAGUGGUCAGAGCAACUUCCAGGCCCCACAGUUUGCUCCCGCUAAGGUUGGAGCACAGACUGGUGCUGGUCAUCCCCCAUUCCCCUUCCCCCAGGCACAGGCUCCACAGCAGCACCCGCCACCGCUGGUGCCCUACCCCAUGCCUCCUCAGUUCUCUCAGUAAACACACUUUACACUUGAAAGAAGUAAUUUAUUGCUUUUUGUCGUUUAAGUUCUAUACUUAAUCCAGAUUUUUUUUUUUGUAUUUACACAACAGGGUUAAAAACAACUUCAACCUCUAUUAAGCCUUUUAAGAUCUGCAGUGCAGCAGUAGUGUUGCACACUUGUUUUCCCCCCCAUUUUAUUUGUUACAUUCCUCAGUAAUACUUAUGUUUUGUACUAGGUAAUUACAAAUGUAUUGGUUUUUCAUGUGUAUCAUUGAAAGUGAUGUUAAGCUCCGACCUUGGAAGUGCACUGCAUGAUCUUUCAAAUAAAACGUUAAAAAGAAAA